AUGGGAAAUGCAUGUCAUUGUCAAUAAUUCACUACUGAGAAUAUGGAACUUAUGUCAGGGAGAAGUGAGGUCGCAAAUAAAAAAGGAGACACCAUAACUAUUCCGCACUAGAAUGGAACGACUGUAACCAAAAAAACUACGCAUAAACAAAAUGAUGAUGAUGGAGAUGAUGAUCAGCAGGUUUAGGAAGUGUAAUAAAUCGAAGUACUGCCUCCAUUAUUCACAAUAGCUAAAACGAGGCGAUAAAAAGAAGUAGGCCAAGAUUAAUGCAGUCUCAGAUACAGUGGAAAUAUUUGAAAAUAUCAAGAAACUAGAUAAGCGAAAGUCCCCUUUCGAUUACUAAUUAAUGUUAAAUGCCUUCAAUGAGCACUUCAUCUUUAAAUCGGUGCCUUAGAGUGAUAUAGAAUACGUGGUUGAUUAAAUGUUUUAUUGUACCGUUCCUGAUGGCCAAUUCGUCUUCAAGUAAGGAGAUAAGGCUAGCUCCUAUUUUUUGAUCGAGAGAGGAUAAUGUCAGAUUAUCAUUAAUGGCGAACUUAAAAAAACGCUGAAGAGUGGAGACGCCUUCGGUGAAUUGGCUAUGUUAUACAAUGCGCCUAGGAGUGCUAGUGUCAGAGCCGUUGGAGGUAUAUACUUUAAAAUAUAUAUGAUUAGAUUGUGCAUUUUGGGCCAUAGACAGAAACACUUUUAGGAAGGUAGUAGAAUAGCAAAAUUAGAGGAGUUACGAAGAAAAUAGAGAGUUUAUGAAGAAGGUCGAAUUUUUUUGUAAUUUUUAUCAAUUAAUAUUAUAGCUUUUUUAACUGAAGAAUAAAGAGAUGCAAUUUCCAGUGUUUUAAUUACUUCGGUUUUUAAAAAAGGAGAAAUCAUAGUCUCUGAAGGGGAUGUGGCUAAUUCAUUUUACAUAAUCAAAAAGGGAAAGGUGGCAAUCAUCAAGGGAGAAAAAGAAGUAUCUUAAAUGAGCUCUGGAGAAUCCUUUGGUGAAGCUGCCUUGUAUUAAAGUUGCUAAAGAGCUGCUACAGUCAAGGCAGCUGAAGAAGAAGUCAGAUGUCUCUCUUUGUCAAAGGAUGAUAUCCAGAGAAUAUUAGGCCAAAAAAUAUAGACUGUCAAGUACAUCAACACUUAAAAAUGGGCCUUGUAACAGAGUCCUUUAUUGGGAAAAUUAACUUCAAUUUAGAUUGAGAAGAUUCUAUAGAACAUUAGAUAAGUGCAUUAUGAGAAGAACGAAGUUAUUAUUAAGGCAGGACAGCCUUGCACUAAGGUUUAUAUAAUCUUAGAAGGAGAAAUAGCGACAGUAACACUUUAUUUCGUAAUUAUAAGGUCUAUAGAUGCCCUCUAAACAAUAGGUAUUGGGCAAAGGCAAAAUCUUUGGAGAAUAGUUUUUGAAAUCAUAAAAUUAAGACAGCAAACUUCCUGAGGCAAUUUAAGUGUAAACAGAUGAAUCAAUCAUUGCAGAAUUUGAAAUCAAGAUGUUUUUUGAUAUGAUCGGAGGUAGUGUGGAGUAGAUGAUAUAGAAGAAUGAAAAUUCACAUGAAUAGAAGUAUUUAAAUAAGAUUAGCGGACAAUAAUAAAAGAGAGAUUAUUCGAACUUAAAAUUAGAUAACUUAAUUUGUAUCAAGAAAUUAGGUUAAGGGUAAUUUGGUAAUGUUUAUCUGGUGAGAACAGCUUAAGAUGAAAAAUUGUAUGCAUUGAAAUGUAUCAGCAAGGCUCAGAUUGUUGAAUAACACUUGGAAAGACAUUUAGCUGUAAUGAAAUGUUAUAUAAAAUUAGUAAGAAAAACAGGUUUUGUCAACAAUUAACUUUCCAUUCUUGAUGCAAUUUUAUAAAAGUAUGAAGGAUUAGAAUUACAUUUAUUUCUUGGUAGAGUUUAUUAAGGGGAUGGAAUUAUUCGAUGCCAUUAGAGAAAUAGGGUUGUUGACAACUGUAGAUUCCCAGUUUUAUAUCGGUUCUUUAUUGAUAUGUGUAGAAUAUUUGCAUAAAUUGUAAAUUAUUUACAGAGAUAUCAAACCAGAGAACAUCAUGGUUGAUGAGAAGGUAUCUUAUCAAUUGUGAACCAUUAGGGUUAUCUGAGGAUGAUAGAUAUGGGAACUGCAAAGUUUUUGAAUUAGAAAUCCAUUAGAACAUACACUAUUAUUGGAACUCCUCAUUAUAUGGCUCCAGAGAUUAUUACAGGUAAGGGAUACACAUUUACUGUUGAUCUUUGGUCGAUAGGAGUGUGUUUGUAUGAAUUUAUGUGUGGCGGAGUACCUUAUGCGGAAGAUGCUGAUGAUCCGUAUGAAAUCUAUGAGGAAAUUCAAAAAAAAUCGAUUACCUUCCCUCCUUUUAUGAAAGACAAGAAGGCCAAAAAGUUUAUUGAGUAAUUGCUAUUGAAAACACCAGAGGCUCGUUUGGGUGGAGGGUAUGCUUCUUUAAAGGCGAAUUCUUGGUUUGAUAAAUUUGAUUGGGUAACUUUCAUUUGAUAUUGGCUUAGGAUAAGUUGAUGGAUAAAGAACUCAAGGCUCCUUUCGUACCCAAGAAAUCAAGAAUGAUUUAGGAGAAGGAUAUAUAGACUGCCCUCACCAGUGGUAAAUUGGCGUCAAAAGAAAUUAAUUCAAUCGGGGCACCUUAUAAAAAAGAAAAAGCAAGAGAUCCUAAUUGGGAUUCAAAUUAUUGA